AUCGAAGUAACCGAUGCCGAGGGUGUUGAUCAUUAGUUACGUUUUGCUAGUUUCGAAUAGAGAAGGUGGUACAACAGCUCAAGAAUGGAUUCGAAAUUUCAACCGCCAUGCAAAUACUUUCUGCACGAUGAAGUCGUUAUCCACAACGAUGAGUCUAGUGCGUGGGUUAUCGUCCAUGGCACAGUCAUAGACAUUACUCCGUUGUUUAGUGCGGGCACAGGCAAAUGCCCCUUAAAGAAGACUCUGCAGUGGCUGCUAGCAUUUGCGGGCAAAGAUUUAAGCCCGUUCUUCCAUAACAACGAGCUUAGACCCAUCGAGCGUACCAACCCGAGCGGAGAACGGGUUCCGGUCUUUGUGCCCUGUUUGGAGCGUAAUCCUGCCACCGGGCUCUACUGGUACCGUGAUCCGGGUCUGGUCAUUGGACGCAUAACAUUCCACCCAUGCCCGGUGAAAAUUAUCAACACAUUGACAUUCCACGCGACGGAAAUGAUCGUUUGUUACGAAGAUACGAUCGGUGACGUGCGGGAAAAGUACUUGCGCUACAACGACAACGCAAAGCAGUACGAAUGGCGCAAAGAUCUGUCGGAGGGUUCGGAGGUUGGCAGGCUACAAAUGGAUAGGACACUUACUGAAAACGGAUAUCAGGUAAAUCUGCGCGCCCCAGUACCGGUAAUUUGGAUUUUUUACAUUCUCCCUCCGGGCACAACGGACACAACGGAUGAUACGCGCUAUUCUUCCGCCAAAUGUAGCCCAGUGAACGAACAACCAGCAUCAUCAGAUGGGAGACAGUCGGUACGGUCCGCUGCCUCGAAGUGAAAAACAAAGUAUCAACUCAACCACAAAGACAAAUUCUGUGUGCCUGAGCGAGAUCGGUGGGGUAUGCGAAAAAAAACGGAAGUAAAAUUACAAUAUAAUAGAAAUUCUUGAAAUUUUUCCGGA